AAUCGUUCGCAUCAAGUUAGCACGAUCUAGAUCGUUAGAUCUGAUGAGUCUCUCCAUGUAUAAAGCCCAUGCGCGCGCAUGGGCUUAAGUAUUUGAAGAUCGUCGUCGACCUAGCAAAAACUUCACCCAUCCAUGUAUACGCCACCUUCAUCUCCUUUGCUUCUGCAGCGACACAUAGAUUGCGAAGAUGGUGGCGCGCUCUAUAGCAACUACCUUGUACUCGAUCCUAAACAGGCAGGCUUUCUCGACCUCCCUCGCCUUCUGUUUUCUAACGACGUGUCCGAGAGAAGAUACAUCCAGUGCCCGGUAAUCUACAAGGAGGAGCUCAGGGGGUUUAAGCGAAGAUGGUUCAUCUUCAUCUCCAUCGUCGCUCAGAAACUCCUGCUCUUGUUCAAGGGAAUGUUGGAAUGGCUCGGGAAUGCUUUUGAGUUCUGUCUUAACCUCCCGUCGACCAACGGAGGAUUUCUCAAGCUCAUCGCCAAUGCUCUCAAAGGAAACGUGGAGUGGCCGAGUAAAGAUUCGCCAUCUUUUGCAUCAGUGGUAGGGUAUUUGGACCCGAGAGUGGACCUUGACAGCCGCCUGAAGCAUGGAGACGCACGGUAUAAUGCAUACUUGUCCAUGAUGGCUGCUAAGUUGUCGUACGAGAAUGAUUCUUUCGUUGAAACCACCGUCAGAGAUCGUUGGAAGAUGGAAUUCUUGCAGUGUGGGGACUUUUGGAAUGAUCACCUGGAGCAACACUCUACUCGAGCCAUCAUGUUGAAAGACCGAGACCUGAUCGUGUUGGCAUUUAGGGGCACCCGCCCUUUUGAUGCGGACGCAUGGCGCACCACCAUCGAUCUCUCUUGGUACGAGGUCGAGGUCAAGCUUGAAGGAGAAGCGGGGCUGGAGUGGGUGAGCAUCCACGGCGGCUUCAUGAAAGCCCUGGGCCUACAAAAGGGCCGAGGAGGGCUCAAGGAGAUGGAUGAGGUAGCCGAGGAAGGCAAAAGCUAUGCUUAUUAUGAGAUUAAGGAAAUGCUAAGGAAUUUAUUGAAGGAGAGAGGGACAAAGUUCAUAGUGACGGGGCAUAGUUUGGGAGGGGCACUUGCCAUCCUAUUCGUGGGGGCGUUGUGCAUGCACAAGGAGGAUGCAAUUCUGGAUAAGUUGGAAGGAGUGUAUACAUUUGGGCAGCCGAAGGUGGGGGAUGAGAGAUUUGGGGAGUACAUGAGGAGGAAGAUUUGUCGUCAGGUGAAGUACUAUAGGUAUGUCUAUUCAAGCGACCGUGUUCCUAGGAUGCCUCGUGAUGGCAUGGUCUUUGGGUUCAAGCACUUUGGUCCUUGCCUCUACUUCAACAGCUUGUACAAGGGGAAGGUGUUAGAUGAGGAGCCGAACAAAAACCGCUUGCUGUUGUUAUGGUUCAUACCAAACAUCAUGAAUGCGAUUUGGGAGCUGAUGAGGGGCUUCGUCAUGCCGUGUCUGAGAGGCCGAGCAUACCGAGAGAGCUGGGUCUUAUUACUGUUUAGGAUGGUCCGCAUUGCAAUUCCAGUACUGUCUGCUCAUUCACCUCAAGAAUAUGUCAAUAUGACUCAACUCGGCUCCUUACGCUCCCAUGAGAUAAGCUAGAUCCAAUCAAUCAGGACCGUGAUCUAUGGACCGACGAGAUCCUGAAUGGGAAAAAAAAAAGUUGUGUUAGCUCUUACGGCCGUGUCAAUAAAUUUGGAAAACGUACUUGUCUAAGAGGGCAAACUGAUGUUCCUUCGAGACAGAAUUAGUUACUUGCACUGCAUGCUAUUGAGAAAUUCUGUAUGUGGUGGAUUGAGAGAGAAUAAAACCCUAAACGCUUGAAGAA